UUAAAACUAUUUCUCGUAAUGUGUAAAAUUUUAUUAGUGCUUUCUAAUGUUGCUUAAUUCAAGAAUGUUAAUAUGUAUAUAAACCACAACAAAACACGAUCGUUAGAAAAUUUAACCUAAAAUUCAUCAACCAACAACAUUCCAGAAUAUUUCACUAAAUUUUAGUUUAAAUAGAACACUUUCUACAACAUAACAAAUUAACAAGUACUUUGUUCUUAAUAGUGCUCCUUAAACAUAUUACAAAACUGAAACACAUAAUGCAAACUACUGCAACAUUAGAGCCAGCAUCUUCAAAAUGUAUCCUUCGCAAAUAUCCAGUGAAGCAGGAAUGUCACGAAGAAAAAACACCACUUAUGCUACCGAUAUUUCUAAUGAUUCCUUUUGAAGAGAAUUCCUCUGAGGCGCCAAAAACAUCGCACAAACAAACAAAGACGGGUGUGAGUGACAUCCAAACUUCAGAGCUCAGUCGUUUGAAAUUUCCUGAAAUGAGAAAUGGUAUUCUAUCCACAAGAUGUCAUUGUGUACAUAGAGAUGGUCUUCAAGAUUCUUGUCCACUGAGUCAAUGUCAAAAAGAACCCGAAUGCCUUAAUAAACCAUGGCCUAGUUGCUUACCAGCAAAAUACUUACAAUCUCGACAUCCAGAACAGUAUCCACCAUCCAAAAACUGAUACUGUCAAUACUCUAAAGCUUAUGUAACUUAUGUGUAUAUAAUACAAAUAUAAUAAAAAUAGUAAUAUAUAAUAGUUGAGUAAAAUAA